CAGUCUAGCGCAUUAUUUUACUGGAAGAGGCGAAGAACUUUUUGCGUUGGUACCAUUUUAUAGCGCAAAUAAUGCCGAAGACCGUGUCUAAAGUCGACGCAAAGCCAGGAGCUUCGGCUCCCGCUGUUACUUCUCCCGAUCCGGAGUCACACAAGCUAUGGAUCCAUUGCAACCGCUGCUGCGAACAGUACGUCCAGAAGAAGUCCAAGUUCUUCCUGCUCGCCUGCCACCACGUUACUUGCGAAAAGUGUGUCAGUGUCUGUGCGGGCCGCACGCCCAGCGACGCACCGGUAUACGAGUGUCCCGUCUGCCACAACAAAGUGCGCGGUCGGCAGGUUAACAAUACGAUGCCCAACAGCUUUAAGCUAUUCUUCCACCCGGAGCCGUUCAACCUAAACAACGAAUUCAUCGCAACGUUCCAGAUGGCGAACCAUCGCCACUUCGACAGGUUUAAGGAAAAGAAGGGAGCAAAGCUGCACAAGCUGACGAAGGACAUCGAUCUGGCGAAGUCGAUUUGCCAGAAGCGCUACUUUAACCUAGAGAUCAUGCGCGUGGAACGCAAGAAGUUAACACAACGGAUACGUCAAAUAAAGAUACAAGUGGCCAAGCAACGAGAGGAAAAAGAGAGAGAGAGGCGCAUUGCGACGGAUAGACAUCAUCGCACAGCCCAAACGCAGCCCAAGACUGGCUUAGGACUUGGGCAACAACGGCAUCGAGCAAAAACAGUAUCUCCCAUCCAUAAUAAUUACCGUGAUACGAGCAUCACCUCAUCGAGUUCCUCACAAAAGCACAAGCAGGUAACUAGUUUCCGACACCAGCCAAAUUACUCCUUCAAUCUGUAGAUUCGUACAAUGCAUUGGGAUAAUUACGUUUUCACAUUUGUCUAUAUAUAAAUAUUGAUAAUAGUUCUGCAUAAAGUUGAAGUACAUUUUGUGAAAACGUAAUUAUCCAGAUGCAUAUUUAU